UCGCAUGGUACUUGUUUCAGCCAUCAAGCACUCACAAGACCAUGGUGAAAAAACAAAAUGGAUGUGAUGCAGUCCCUUGAUUUUACUUUGAUCUUACGUUACAUUGAUAUAUCAUUCCCUCUAACUACAGCUUUUUAUUUUUUUUCUAAUUAGGGCAACUGUUGGUGAAGUCAUACGAUGGCCUACACUUUGGCCUCAACCAUUGAGGGCCAGACACGUGGUGUAGGACCUCAGCACUGUGUCACACGGGUGGAACUUUCUGUUACUGCUACCCAUCUUCUGGACCGCGACGUAGCCUCCAAGUCCGACCCGUUUUGUGUUCUCUUCCAUGAAGUAGAUGGGAACUGGGUGGAGCUUGGCCGGACUGAAACAGCUGUAAACAACUUGAACCCAGUUUUUGGAGUGAAGUUCCAGGUGGACUACCACUUUGAGGAGAUCCAGAAGCUACGCUUUGCCAUGUUUGAUGAAGACAAGUGUGCCACACAGCUCUAUGAACAUGAUUUCUUGGGAGAAUAUGUUUGCACUCUUGGAGUUAUUGUGUCCAAUAAGAAACUUCACCGGCCAUUGAUCUUGGCUAAUGGGAAGCCAGCUGGCAAAGGAUCCAUUGCUAUUACAGCCCAAGAGCUGUCUGACAACAGAAUCAUCACUUUGACCCUUAGUGGGCGUAAACUGGACAAGAAGGACUUCUUUGGGAAGUCAGACCCGUAUCUGGAAUUUCACAAACAGGGAGAAGAUGACAAAUGGAUGCUGGUGCACAGGACAGAGGUCAUAAAGAACACUUUAGACCCCUCGUGGAAACAGUUUACUGUGCCUCUUGUUUCUCUUUGUAAUGGAGAUGUCGACAGAAACAUCAAGGUCUUGUGUUAUGACUAUGAUAAUGAUGGCGGCCAUGACUUCAUUGGAGAAUUCCAAACAACAGUAGCCAAGAUGAGUGAAGCGCAGAACUCAGUGGAGGUGGAAUUUGAAUGCGUCAACCCAAAGAAACAAAAGAAGAAGAAGAAUUAUAAAAAUUCUGGUGUUAUUAUUCUCAAGUCAUGUAAGAUUACAAGGGACUACACUUUCCUGGAUUACAUACUUGGAGGAUGCCAGCUCAUGUUUACUGUUGGUAUAGACUUCACAGCAUCAAAUGGGAACCCGAGAGAGCCUUCUUCCCUCCAUUACAUUAACCCGCUGGGAAGCAAUGAGUAUGUUUCUGCUAUCUUAGCUGUUGGACAAAUCAUACAGGACUAUGAUACGGACAAAAUGUUUCCUGCUUUGGGAUUUGGAGCCCAACUCCCACCGGACUGGAAGGUGUCACACGAAUUUGCAAUCAACUUUAACCCCACAAACCCUUUCUGUUCAGGUGUGGAGGGUAUUGCACAGGCUUACUCUGCUUGUCUUCCCCACAUCCGUUUUUAUGGGCCAACAAACUUUGCUCCCAUUAUUGAUCACGUAGCCCGUUUUGCAGCCCAGGCCCUCCAACAAGAAAAGGCGGCACAGUACUUCACUCUCCUCAUUAUAACAGACGGCGUCAUCAGUGACAUGGAUGAGACACGUCAUUCCAUCGUUCAGGCAUCCAAGCUGCCCAUGUCCAUCAUCAUCAUUGGUGUUGGCAAUGCAGACUUUGCUGCUAUGGAGUUUUUAGAUGGAGAUGCCAGUGUGUUACGGUCCAACACAGGCGAGGAGGCUGUUCGAGACAUUGUGCAGUUUGUUCCCUUUAGAGAUUUUCGCAAUGCCCCGAAGGAGACCCUUGCCAAGUCCGUCCUGGCCGAACUUCCGCAGCAGGUCACUCACUACUUUAAACAGCGGAACCUUCCACCCACCAACCCAGCACCUGAGUGAGAUGAGUGAGAAGACGACUCGCUCACA